AUUCUCAGUAGCUAUCUUGAAGGCAGUCCCCACUUAGAACCAUUGAUUUAGUAAAGGACUUCAAGAUUUUACUCGAGACAAGGAAAAGCUUAAAGCCAAGAAAACGAGAUUGGUUUUGCUCAGCCACUUUCUUGCCAGUUAAACUUGCAUGUAGUUUAUGGUGGUAAUUACCUUGAUAAGUGACAAUUUGCCUAAACCAUUGGCCAAAAGGCAAGAUGGCGGAAGUAUUCCAAAGUAGGAGUCCAAGGCAGAAGGAUGUGUCAGAGCUGACUGGGAUUUAUAAACCCCAAAUCCUGCAUCUGCUGGGAGCAGCAGUUCCACCCUGAGCCAAUGUCCCUGCUACUAGCUGGGAGCAGGACAGCUCGGAAGCCACCUGCAUAGUACUGGCCUGAACAGCAGCCUCAGGAGAGGUCGAGUAGUUUGGGGUGAAGUCAUACUUGAAUCUCAGAGCAAAGGCAAAUCUGAGUGCAGGUUUUGGCUUUUCCUAGCAAAACGUUUUUCUGAGGCUUGCCUUGGCUGUGGUUUAGUUUCUAUUUGUGUCUCCCUUUAAGGAGAGGUGUCCCCGGGUUAGAGGACUAGGGAGGCACUUUAAAUAUGCUAGGACGGGAAUCCCAAACCCGUGCUUCUGUUGCUACUUUCCAUGUUGACAGGUCUGAGGAGGCCAAGUGCUCCUAGGGGAGAAUGAGCCAAGAAGUUCUGGGCCAGUCUCCUGUCAGUCUAUGGUGAGCGGUUCCUUUAAUGGGCGGGGCCAAAGCCGCAGACAGUCCCCGGCUUUGUACGUGUCGGGGGCGGAGUUUCGUCACGGCCUUUGCAGCAUGGCCGCUGGCGCUGCCGCCGCCUUGGCGUUCUUGAGUCAGGAGAGCCGAGUCCGUGCCGGGGGUGUCGGGGGUCUGCGGAUCCCGGCUCCGGUCACGAUGGACAGUUUUUUUUUCGGCUGUGAGCUCUCCGGCCACACCCGCUCUUUCACCUUCAAGGUAGAGGAAGAGGAUGAUGCAGAGCACGUGCUGGCUUUGACCAUGCUUUGCCUCACCGAGGGGGCCAAAGAUGAAUGUAAUGUGGUGGAAGUUGUGGCCAAGAACCAUGACCACCAGGAGAUUGCCGUCCCUGUGGCCAACCUCAAGUUGUCCUGCCAACCCAUGCUCAGUUUGGAUGACUUCCAGCUCCAGCCACCUGUAACCUUUCGCCUGAAAUCAGGCUCUGGCCCUGUGCGGAUCACUGGGCGGCACCAGAUUGUUUCUAUAAGCAACGAUCUUUCUGAGGAAGAAGAGAGUGAAGAGGGGAGUGAGGAAGAAGCAGUUGAGUUAUGCCCCAUCCUGCCUGCCAAGAAGCAGAGGGGCAGGCCCUAGCUCUCUUUGGUCAUCUAGCUGCCUGCCACAUGCGCCAUGCACCAUGUUCCUGUACAAGUUUCAAGAAUUUCAAAUGUGUCUUCUCCGUUGAAGAGGAGGGGUGUGGGUGUGGCUUCUUGGGCGGGUGCUAGAAAACUGGGGACCUUGUUCUCCAUAGGGCCCAGUUAUUCUAAUCUAAUACCAUGCCUAGGGCUUCUUUUUUCUCCAAGAGUGGGAAGAACUUUAAACUUCUGUCCUGACCCUCUCUUCCCACUUGCUUAUGAGUUUGCAGGUCAGUGUCUGAAACUCAGGACUACACGUUUUUAACACUUUUUACACUUUUGGAUAAAAGUUGAAAUAAAUGGC